UAAUAAGAGUUGGUCAGAAAUAAAAUUUGUCAGGAGGUGAUAUAAUUAUUACGUGGUUUGUGAAUAAUAGUUUUGUAACACAAGUAAUUAUAAUACAAUGUAAGUAAGGGUUGAUAAGAAGUGUAAGGGAAAAGCGCCCCACCACUUGCCUUAUUUAUUUAUAUUCUUUAUUUGCGAGAAUAGAAGAUUAGACUUUCCUUAGGACCUCCUGAGGUUCUCCCGAGGCUUUGCUGGCUCUUUCAGGGUUUUUCUCCCAAGACCAAGUACUAGUGGAGGGAGGAUUCUUCCCCUACACUUAUUCUUAGCAAAAGGUAGCCCACGUUGCACCUGAGGGUACACGGCUGAUUUGUCCGGUACGCGGUGCAGCUUGCACGCUAGCAAGAUUGUCGCAAGGUAGAGAAACAGUGGAGAAUUCUCACGGUGUAUCUCGACGAGUAUCGUUUCAUUCUACUGCACUUGAACGACGCUACACGGCAUAACAAUGAUCUCCAAAGAGAUUUAUUAAUUACACGAUUCUUCGCGGACAGUGGUGCUCAAAGCGGAUCGAACACUGCCCCAAGCACGCGUGUACAUGAAAUAAAAGUUGAAAUAAAAAAGCAACGAGAGAGGAAACGAGCGAGUUAGAUGAAGAAGUAACAGAUAAGGAGGCUCCGUGGAUUCGAAGUAAAAGGGGAGUUACAGAUUCAGUACUUGCUGUGCUAGCUAAAUGAUUGAAGCGUUUGGGACUGUUCUUGCUUUAGAAAUCUUUCCUUAGGAGUGAAUCCUUCAGAGAAAUUUUAUCGAAUACUUUUAUUCGAGUGUUAUUAUGUGAAAAUUUUACUAAAUUUUAUCGAAGAGUCGCAAACAAGGUUUAACGUUGAUAAAUUGCCAGAAAUCUGUGACGAACUAUGGUGAAAUGAAUACGAGAAUGAUUCUUCGUUGAAAUUGUAUUAUCUUCAGAAUGGUUCCAAGAUAAGAAAUUUUGCAAUAAAGGAUGAAAGAAUUUCGUUAUACGUGGUAAGAUGUGUGCGCAGAAGGUUUGAUGAUUGUUGUCAGUGAAAAAAGGAAAAGUGUAAAACUGUGAAAAUCAAUUAUUUUCAAUCAGACAAGAGCAAAGUCCACGAAAACCUGAUAACUCGAAGAGAUUGCUGUCGCGGGAAAGCUAGAUGUUCUUCUUUCGUGGAUGACAAAUACACGAUUUUUAUCUCUUUUUUUCCUCUGAUACAUCGGCAAGAUCGAAGGAGCAAGAAAAUUUAAGAAGCAACUGACGAACAUGCAAAAAGACGAAACGAAAACAUAUCACGACCGAGAAGCUCAUUAAUAAGGAAAAAGAUGGACGAUACUCUAAUGAACGGCACUUUCAGCCUCACCUCGGAAGUUGGUCUAAACCACUUCCCUCGACCAGUUACAAUCGCAGCUGCAGUUUGCGCGAUAAUCUUCAGUAUCGUUGGAGUUGCGGGUAAUUUGGUAACAGUGAUCGCCCUGUUAAAAUACACAAGACUGAGGCGACACGCAACGACCGCGUUCGUGAUAAGCCUUAGCAUUUCGGAUUUGAUUUUCUCCGCAGUGAAUUUGCCAUUAACCGCGAGCAGAUACUUGAACGAGGCAUGGGUGCUCGGUGAAACUCUAUGCAAAAUAUUCCCCCUGUUCUUUUAUGGGAACGUGGCUGUGUCUUUGCUUAGUAUGGUGGCGAUUACAAUCAAUCGAUACAUACUGAUAUCGCGAUCCGAAAUCUACGCGCAGCUGUACACUACGCAACGGAUCAUCUUGAUGUUAAUCGCAAUAUGGACCCUCAGUUUCUCCUUACUUUUGCCUCCGUUGUUCGGUUUCUGGGGAACUUUGGGCUUGGAACCAACAACGUUUUCCUGCACCAUACUCAAGAAGAACGGUACCAGCCCGAAAAAGUUUCUCUUCGUUCUAGGAUUCAUCGUCCCCUGCGUAGUGAUAAGUGUCUCCUAUUUAUGCAUCUACUGGCGGGUGAGGAAAAGCAGGAAGAAUUUGAAGGCACACGCGGGUGCGUCGAGAAAGAAAUCUGGAGGAUUCCAGCGAAGAGAAGACUCGAGAGUAACUAGACUGAUGUUGACGAUAUUUCUUUGCUUCCUGUUAUGUUUCAUGCCACUGAUGCUGGCUAACGUGAUCGACGACAAGAUAAAGAUCCCUAUUUUACACGUGAUCGCGUCUGUGUUAGCGUGGGCCUCGUCUGUCAUCAAUCCCUUCAUUUAUGCAGGUACUAAUAAACUUUACAGAGAGGCCUAUAAGCAGAUCUUGUGUCCAGCCUCAGCAAAGACGCCGAACAUGGGACCGAAACCGACCCAUUCACAUUCGAGCAAGGUCUCGACACCUCAAGUGACUUAACAACGAUACAAAUUGUUCAUUGUAAAUAGUAAAUAUGAUAAAUAUACGUCGAUUGGUGCCAUUCAGAGCGGGAAAGAUGUCUAUGUGUAAAGAUGAAAAUGUGUAAAUCAAAGACAAUUAUUUAUUUUCCAUCGUUUCUACUUUUCAUACUCUUUGAAGUUUCUUUCUAUUUACAAAUUUCUUAAUCUUCGAUAUCUAAAUGAUUUGGAAAUUUUGCAUGUAAUUAUUAUAAA